UCGGCGCUCGCGGCGGGAGGAACCGGGAGGAUCCGCGGCGGGAGCAGCGCCCGCCCGGCCCGUCGAUGGCGGCCCCAGCGGGCCCUGCCGUGGCCGCCCGCGGCCCCCGCCGCUGUUAGGGAGCGGGCAGCCGGGCUGCGCCUUCGCCCCUUCGCCCACCGGCCCCCCCCGCCGCCGACAUGUCGCUGGCCAUGGAGGAGGAGGAGUAUUCCCGGCUGGUGAUGGAGUCGGAGCCCGAGUGGCUGCGGAGCGAGAUCAAGCGGCUCUUCCAGGAGCUGGGCGAGACCACCCGGGAGAAGAUCCAGGCGGCGGAGUACGGGCUCGCCGUGCUGGAGGAGAAGCAGCAGCUGAAGCAGCAGUACGAGGAGCUGGAGCUGGAGUACGAGACCAUCCGCACCGAGAUGGAGCAGCUCAAGGAGGCUUUUGGACAGGCCCAUACCAACCACAAGAAGGUAGCAGCAGAUGGAGAGAGCAGAGAGGAGACCUUGAUCCAGGAAUCAGCUACCAAAGAAGAAUACUACAUGAAGAAGGUUAUGGAGUUGCAGACAGAACUGAAGCAGAUCAGAAACGUCCUUGCCAACACACAGUCUGAAAACGAACGCCUUAAUUCCGUCUCGCAGGAGCUGAAGGAGGUCAACCAGAACGUGGAGAUCCAAAGGGCCCGUCUGCGAGAUGAUAUUAAGGAGUAUAAAUUUCGAGAAGCACGCUUGCUGCAAGACUAUACUGAGCUGGAAGAGGAAAACAUCUGUCUCCAGAAACAAGUGUCUGUCCUGAAGCAAAAUCAGGUGGAGUUUGAAGGCCUGAAACAUGAAAUCAAAAGGCUUGAAGAGGAAACUGAGUUUCUCAACAGCCAGCUGGAAGAUGCCAUCCGCCUGAAGGAGAUCUCCGAGCGCCAGCUGGAGGAGGCCUUGGAGACGCUGAAGACGGAGCGGGAGCAGAAGAACAACCUUCGGAAGGAGCUGUCCCACUACAUGAACAUCAACGACUCCAUGUACAACAGCCACCUGAACAUCUCUUUGGAUGGGCUGAAGUUCAGCGACGAAGCCACGGAGCCCAACAACGACGAAAUCAUGAACGGCUUCGAGCAGAACUGCCUCAGCAAACUCAGCAACGGCAAGAACAGCACUUCGACGCCCAAGAAGAACGAAAGCUUCCCUCCCGCCCCGAGUCUGGUUUCGGAUCUUCUAAGCGAGUUAAACAUUUCUGAAAUCCAGAAGCUGAAACAGCAGCUUGUGCAGAUGGAAAGAGAAAAGGUAAACUUGUUAACAACGCUACAGGAAUCUCAGAAGCAGCUGGAAAAUACACGGGGGGCCCUCUCAGAGCAACAUGAGAAAGUUGGCAGGCUCACUGAAAACCUGAAUGCCAUGAAGAAGCUCCAGGCCAGCAAGGAGCAUCAGUCUGCCCUUGACAACGAGAAGGACCGAGACAGCCACGAAGAUGGAGACUAUUAUGAGGUUGACAUCAAUGGGCCAGAGAUCCUGGAGUGCAAGUACAAGGUGGCCAUGGCAGAAACUACUGACCUAAAAGAAGAGCUCAAAAAUUUGAAGGCCAAAUAUAAAGAAUGUGAGUCUAAGUAUGAGGAAGAGAAGAGUAGAUAUGAGACCGAGAACCAAGCUCUCACUGAGAAGAUCACCUCGCUGGAAAAGUCAAGUAGGCAUGACAGAGAACAGGUGGCCAGGCUGGAGAAGGAGCUGAAGAAAGUCAGUGAUGUUGCUGGAGAAACACAGGGCAGCCUCAGCGUGGCCCAAGAUGAACUAGUCACCUUCAGUGAAGAGCUGGCCAAUUUAUACCACCAUGUCUGCAUGUGCAACAACGAAACUCCAAACAGAGUCAUGCUGGACUACUACAAGGAAGGUAAAGGUGGGCGCAGUAGUCCAGAGGCCAAGGGAAGAAGGUCUCCCAUUCUUCUUUCUAAAGGGCUGUUAACUAUUGAGCUGGGAAAGGCAGAGAAUGGAAGUGGUGACAGCAGCCCAUCCCCGGUGUCAUCUCUGCCAUCCCCCGUGUCCGAUCCUCGGAAGGAACCCAUGAACAUUUACAACCUGAUCGCCAUAAUUCGGGACCAGAUCAAGCACCUGCAGGCUGCUGUGGACAGAACAACCGAGCUGUCCAGGCAGCGUGUCGCCACUCAAGAACUUGGGCCCGCGGUGGACAAGGACAAGGAAGCCCUCAUGGAAGAAAUCCUGAAGCUGAAGUCCCUGCUGAGCACCAAGAGGGAACAGAUAGCAACUCUGAGAACUGUGCUGAAGGCCAACAAACAGACUGCAGAGGUAGCCCUUGCCAACUUAAAAAGCAAGUAUGAGAACGAGAAGGCGAUGGUUACAGAGACCAUGAUGAAGCUGCGAAAUGAGCUGAAGGCUUUGAAAGAAGACGCCGCCACCUUCUCUUCCCUGAGAGCAAUGUUUGCUACAAGAUGUGACGAGUACGUCACCCAGCUGGACGAAAUGCAGCGGCAGCUCGCGGCGGCCGAGGAUGAGAAGAAGACUCUGAACUCCUUGCUCCGGAUGGCCAUCCAGCAGAAACUGGCCUUGACCCAGCGCCUGGAACACCUGGAGCUGGACCACGAGCAGUCCAAAAGGGUGCGCACAAAAUCCGCCUCCAAAGCCAAGGGCAGUAACCCCAGCAUGCUCAGCCCUUGCUCCCACGCUGCCUCUGCCUAGUCAGGAGACAUCCCAGUGCUAACAGAAGAAAAUUCCCUUUCCGUGCCUGGGGGGAGUGUUGCCUGUGCAGACAUGGAGGGUGGGUCACCAGCUGCAUUCCAGCUGCAGAUGUGGCUGGAGUCAGUCUCCAGGAAAGGAAUCUGCCAGUGAAUGUCACACUCCUGCUUGCAGUGGAGUCAGCAAUCCAGAAGCAGCCCUUUGUUUCUUGCAAGUAAGGCUUGAAAAGAAGCUGCACUUCCCAGAUUUCUGGAUGUACUGAGAUGCCUGAAGACAAGAGGAGACCUGGAAGUCCCCGUGGACCUGCUUUUGUGGGAUGAAGGCAAUGAAAAUGAAGACAUAGGUGCUUUUUUGGAGAUCCCACUAGGUAAGAUGGUAAAACUCAGCUACACAAAUACUUACAGGAGUUAGAGUUUCAAAAAUAUAUUCACAUUCUUGUGAUGAAGUACACUGCCCUGCAGGACCAAGAAAAGGUAUUUUUCCACCCAAGAACUUAGAAAAGACAAUUAAAAAAUUUGAAGAUCACCUCUGUGAGCUCAAACCCAAGCAAAGUAGCUAGUUAAUAUCAUUGAUUAUAUUAUUGUUAUUAUUGGGAAGCAAGGUAAGAAUCCAGGCCUUUCCUCCCCUGUGUUGCUUAUCCCCCUUAGAGCCACUGUUAUCAAGAGCUUUUCUCAUCCCUUCUCUGACUUGGGUUGGACUCUUCAUUGUCUUCUGGACAGCUCUUCCCAGAGGUGUAAAAUGAGACUCUCUUUGCUGCUGUGUCAUAUCUGCAGAGCCACUUUGUUAAGAACCCUGACAGAACAUCUGCUGGCAAGGGGGCACCACAUAAAUCCUCUUCCAUUCCUGUGCCAUUUGUAGGGAACAAAAUUUUCAUUGCUGCUUCUUCCACUCCUCUGAGGGACAGUUUCCACCAGUGUCCUGUUUCAGAAGGGAUGUUACUUUCACGGAGGCAGAAGGAAAAAGCUAAAAAAGCCCAUCCCAAAUACCUAUUCAUAGAAAAAUGGAUGUGUUCCUGUGGGGUGAGGAGAAGGGGAAGUUGCAGAAGGGGGAAACAAGAAAGUGGAGGGAAAGGGUGUGAUCUGCACGAGGCAGUUAAAAAAAAAGAGAGAGGAAGGUAUGCAACAGUAUGAAAGGGGCAGGAAGGAAAAAAUGGCAGCAAUGGAUGAGGCUGGACUCUUGAGCAGCUCGAAGCAGCUGGAUCUUCCAUGGGCACGGAUUGUUUGGCAUAAAGCCUAGGAAAAACUCAGUUCCAAAAAAGCAGCUGGCAAUUUAGUGUAGUCUGGUGGUACAGACUGCAUAGUGUGCAUUUCCCCAUGCUAAAGGGAUCAGCCACCACGUUCAUCAGCUGCCAGGGGGCGGGAGGAGGCCCAAGAACAUGAGGCCACAGAAGGAAGGAGCAGUGUGAGAAAACGAGGAGAACGCGUGAGGGGAAAAUACGUUCUCUGAUAUAUUUGAAUGUGUUUGUGUGUGGCUUCAGAAUGUCUCACACACGUCUCCUGGGUUCCAGUAACACUUGUUUUUAAGCUUCAGUUCACAGGAUGAUUUUCUGUUGGAAGUAUGAGCCCAGGUGUGCCCAGGUGGGCAGGAAGGCCAAGGGCACCUGGGCUGUACCAGCCAUGGUGUGGCCACAGGCCCAGGGCAGGGACUGUGCCCCUGUGCUGGGCACUGGUGGGGUCACACCUCAAAUCCUGGGGGCAGUUUUGGGCCCCUCAUGACAAGAAAGACCUUGAGAAGCUGGAGCGUGUCCAGAGAAGGGAAGGGAGCUGGGGAAGGGUCUGGAGCACAGGUCUGAUCAGGAGCAGCUGAGGGAGCUCAGCCUGGAGAAAAGGAGGCUCAGGGGGGACCUUCUCACUCUCUACAAUUCCCUGACAGGAGGGGGGAGCUCGGGGGGGGUCGAGCUCUGCUCCCAGGGAACAAGGGACAGGAUGAGAGGAAACGGCCUCAAGUUGCACCAGGGGAGGUUUAGAUUGGAUAUCAGGGAAAAUUUCUUCACUGAGAGGGUGGUCAGGCACUGUCACAGCUGCCCAGGGCAGUGGUGGAGUCACUCAUCCCUGGAGGGAUUUAAAAGACAUGUAGAUGUGGCACCUGGGGACGUGAUUUAGUGGUUGGCUUGGCAGUGCUGGGGAAUGGUUGGACCUGAUGAUCUUUGAAGUCUUUUCCAACCUUAGCGAUUCUGUGGUUCUGUAAUAUUUCUUCUAAUUAAUAUCUGAGUCAAUCUAAACACAGCUAUGAAUGUCCACACACCUGAAUGUCCACAUCAAGUGUAACCAGAUACAUCUGACCGGCCUCAGGUUAGGGUGCUUUUAAACAUUUUUUAAACUAAAUUAGUUUCUGUGUUGUUACAUUAAGAGAACUAAGUUUGGUGCCUACAGAAUGCUGUGUUCACAAAAACAGGCUGCAGGGUUUGUGUAAAUACAGACUCCUGGAGCUCCUGACACAAAACACAAACACUCUCCUGUCGAGCUGCUCAUACUGGGCAGUGUAAGACUGGCUGAAGAAGUGUGAAGAAAACUCGUCCACACGGGCUUCAGGAGACAGGAGUGCCCACCAAAUUUGUGAAUGUCUGACAUUACUGGCUGUGGUUUUUACCACCCAAGCAAAUCAAGACAUGAAUUUUGGAGAGAUGAGUUAGAAUCUGUCCUAGCAGAUUAGUUUAUGCAGCAUGGCUGGAGAAUCUGGCCAGCACGAAGGUGUCUGUUAAUCCUAUUCUUUACAAGUCUGGCCACCACUGAAGGUCAGAACUGCUUUUUGUUCUGCACGACACUUGUGCUGAAAGCACCAAAUUUCCAGCUUAAGAUCCCUCGUGCUCUUUAAUGACCCAACUGCUCAAUGUCUGGAGCAGCCCCCUUUGGAAGUCAGCUCCAGGAAAGAAGGAUUGACUGUGGUCUACGAGAAGGGAGGAGACUCCCUAGCGGGGGAUAAAAAACGCUAAGAAACGUAGAAGGGGUGUGUCCGUUGUGCCUGGACACGCAGUGCCAUCGCCUGCAGCUCCGCGGGAUCGGGAGCAGUUCUGGCAGGCGACACGAGGUGGCAGCGCCAUCCACACAUCCCGCACACGGGACCCUCGGCUGCUGCGGGGAAAGCGGGAGCUGGGAGUAGAGGAAAGUUGGCCACGCUGAAAGAUUUGACUUUUGUCUCAAGAAUUCCUCCCUCCCCCUCGCUCCUUUUCUCCUCUGUUCAGCUUUGCCGUGGUUCCCCGUGGCUUUGCACAGCUCACCUCGGAUGUAUUUCUUGCUCUUCCAACAAGUUGCUGGCUUGGCAUCUUGCAAAUAUGAAGCUUUAUGAAUGGAAUUUUAUAGGAGCUGUCAUGCUUUGGCUCUCUUUCCUGUCAUUCCCAUCACUGUUUGGGAUCUCACACUGUAUUUAGGAGUCAGAGAACCAGGGAUCUGCUCUUGCUUUGCAACUGAACGGGAUGGGAGAGGUACUUCCCACUUCCCAGAGGCUGAGCUACUUCCCACUGAGGAGCAAUGGUGAAUUCCUGUGUCUCUGUUCUGCUUCUGGGUCCUUCCUUGCUGUUUCUGCUCUAUCUCGUUUCAACACACAUUUUGGGGAAGGUGCACCUGUCAGCUCAGAGCACUGCCGUGCGUGGAACCAUUUGGAGACAGGAUAGCUUUGCUCAUGGAAUGUUAUGUGCUUUGCUGCCUUGGUUUUGGUUGUGUCCUACUCAUUAUGCCUUCCCUGGCCAUUUUCUUACUCACAAAUCUCUUUUUAACCCCUUUUCAACGACUGCAGGAAAACCCAGUCUCUGUUCACAACAUGAUCAACCAGUCUUGAGAAGUCCUGAACAAACAUGUGUCUGGCUGGUUGCUCUCUGCUGCACUGGACCUGAGCUCAUGGGGUACCUUUCUGGUUACUUAUUAGUCUUCACAAAAAGAAGUGAUGCCAUAGAGGCUUUUACCAUCACGUGAAAAACCUUCCCCAGUGCCAAACACCCUGAGCUCCGUGAUAGGACUGGAUGAAAACCUCAGUGGGGAGCACUGAGGUGUGAAAGGCAAGAAAAAGUGGAUGGAACUUUGCCACUGAGUCCUGGUAAGCUGCAGAUGUGGGGGGAAAUUGGCCAUGUUUGAAGGGAAUUCCAUAAGCACACAGACAGGACCGACGUGGUUUGCACUGCCACUGCCACCUUUCGCUUCUUUAAUGAUUCAGCCUUCACAGAGGUGGAGUCUUCCUCUCUUCUGCAGGAGGGAUUUGCACACAAACGUGUUUUAUUCCUUUCUGGACGCUGCUGGAGAAAAGUCUGAGAUAGGUUGUUCAAUUAUUAAUAAUGAUAAUUGGAAGAAAAAAAAAGCUGAACAAAUCAAAUGGACCAAAUUCUCCGUACUAAAACGAAAAGCCUGGUUUCAUUGGUUUAGGAAGUUUUGGGCUAAUGUAGAAACUACAGUAAUUAAUCCCAGCAGCAUACCUGGUAAAACUGGAGUAAUUUCUCCAUAGGAGAUGGACCUGCUACAUUAGAAGUAGCAAAUAAUUCUAUUAUUUAAUCAACAAUUAAAGGCUAAUAGCGCUCCAGGAAGGACUUGAUUUCUCUCAGAGAUUUAAACUCCACCAGAAACUCCACUCUUGGAUCUGCAGUUCAUCUCCAACUGUAUUUUUUUCCUCAUGAGGAAAGUCAUGUGGUAGAACAGUUGCUGUAUUUAAGCCUCACAAAUGGAUUCCUAGUUAAGGCCACACUACUCAAAGCCUGCCUUUGCUCAUUACAGUGACAACUAAGAAAAUACAGGUCUGAAGACAAACAGAUGGUCUAACAACUCCUGUCUGUUAAGUACAUCCAAAAUGCCUGCACAAGGUAAAAUUUAAAUAUAAUUUGGUAGAUAAAUACCUAAAAACAACAGUGCUUCAGCUAAAAAGCCACUCAGAUUCUGACUUGGAGGAAGUUCAGGGUUUAUAGAAGUGUAUGUAUAUAUGUAUAUACACAGAAAUAUAUAUGUAGGGGCUGGAACUAGAUGAUCUUUAAGGUCCCUUCCAACCCAAACCAUUCUGUGAUUGUGUGAUUCUGUUUUUAAAGGACAUGUUUGUGUUCUGGGUGAUUUAGUAACAGAUUACAAAAAUGUUGUACUAACGGUUUUGUUUUGUUUUUCAGAGUAAAGCAGUUUUACUAAAUAUUUUGGCUUCAGCUGAUUUGCAGAGUCAUCCCUAAGUCACGGAAUAAUUACAUAACUCAUGGAAUGCACGUAGAAUAAAAUUGACACCAAAAAAAUAGAUGAGGACUCCUUUAUCAGAAUUCAAAAUGAGUCAGCGUCUGUUUCUGAACCCAGAUUAACAGUGAUAGGGUGAUAAAAAUCAAGUGCUGUGAUUCCUUCUUGCUAUUUAAAAGCUAUGCCUUACGUCUGCCAGACCACUGCAGCAUGUCUUAGAAGUCAGCAUUUCUGGAGUAAAUUUCUAAUCUAAUGGUGCCCAGAAAAAACAGUAUUUUCCUCUUCUGUUUGACAGAUAUUUGGUUUUAAUACCUCUGUGAUCAAAGCAGCAAUCUGUCAGGAUCUCAGUUUGGCUGAUUUCAGGUUACUGCAAACCUUGGGUAAAAUCUACAGUGCCCUUUAGGUUAUUUAAUUUGUGAAAAGACUUAACUCUAAUCCUGCUCAAUGCUAAGGGCACUUUGGUACCUCUGUGCUUUUGCUUUUGAGUAAUGGGGUUUAUGCUCCUGAAAGACAUAGCCUGUGAAGCACAUAACCCUGGAUGCAUCUGUGCCAUAUCUGAUGAUCCAAUUUAUAAAGCACACCUUGUUUUUGAGGGUGGUGUGAAAGUCAGUGUUGCUUGGAAGUGUUUAAUCGAAUGGUGACAAGCUACAGCUCCUCAUUUACUGUAUAAAGUGACGCAGAAUAAAUGAUGAACGAGGGAGCUGAAAGGACCUCCUGGGUCACUGAGUUCACCCCCAGUUCUGCAGAUGAAUGUGCACGUCUGACAAGCCUGCAGCCUUCAGUAACCUAAAAAUAUCAAUGCAAAGCCACAGUAAACAGACCCCAAUCUGUGCCCAGAGGUUCCUGUAACACCGCUGUGCUCUGUCCUGGGUUCAGUCCUGGCAUCCUGGCUGCAGCCAGCACACAGACAGACACUCACUGAGAGGGGAGGGCCCUGCUGGCAGCCACACAUGUUGGCUGUUAGUGGUCAGCAACACCUCCUCACCCUCAUCAUCCCCUCUGCUGAGUGUGGACAGUCACACAUUAAGUGCAGCUUUUCUGGUGGACAAAUUAGGAAUCCCUGAAUAAUGCAGGGAACCAUCCUCAUUCCACCCCAGAGGCAGCAGACAGGGAAUGGAUCCACCGCUCCUGGAGCUUGUUGUUUGUCAGUCCAUGGCAACAGGAGAACUGUUUGCCCCAGCCCAGCACUGAAAAGAUGAAGAAUGGCUCUGGUGCCCCCCUUGAGGACAUUUUCAGUUGUGAAGAUCAGAUUCUGGAAACAGGUGACCCACUCUGAUCACUCAUGACCUGUUGUAUGAAUCCAAUCCUGCUUUCAGAGAGUCCCAAUAGCAAUUCUGAGCUAUAUCACCUUAAUAAGAUCUGCAUCAAUUUAAAUGAAAAGAGCCUGUUAAACCAGUAUGUAAAGCAUACCAGUGAAAUCAGAAAGUCCAGGAUUGGAAAUGCCUGUUGUUGAAGAGAAUUAACAUUCAAGCCCCCAUGAAUAUUUAAGUUCAACUCCUUUAUGAAGUGGGGCUAAAAUACAGACUAUUCCACUCUGCUAUAAAAAUCACAUGCCAGGGCAUAAAAGCUGCCACAGGAUGUGUAUCCCAAAUGGAGAACUGCUUUACUCCUAUCUGCAGUUCCUUAUUUCUAUCUGUCUGUUGUUCUGUGCUUUUUUCCUGUUGGAUUCCUGGCUGCUCUGGUAACUGGUGUUCAUGAAUAUGCAGUAAAUUUGCUUUUGGCUAAGGUAUAAUUAAAAAAGCCCUCAUACCCUACCCCAGUAGGGUUUUGGCUUAAAAAUAUUUUUUUCUGACCUUUUUUUUUUUCAAAUUUAAAGUGAAAGCAACAGAAUCAGCUUCAGUGCUGCCAUAAAUUUAAUUUUUUUAUUGCAAUUGCUGGUUUAAUCUCUUUGUAAACGAGAAAGAAAGCAGUGCUGCUUUCUCUGCAAGUGCAAAAGGCUCAGUUCCAAAUUCAUGGGAAUGAUAUUGCAUGAAUACUUAGAAGUCAUGUCACAGUAAUCUUCAAAUCUUCACGUGAGAAGUAGUGCCUUCAGGAAGGAAAAAAAAGCUCUGAUCAAAAUUCCAAGAGUUAUAAAUAAGGACUCUGUACACAAAGGAACUUUGUGUUUGCAGUGGAGUGUCAUAUGAUGGCAAAAGCACAUGAGGGUCACCCUGAGAAUUACAUCAUCCGGAAGGAAACACAACAUGCAUCUCCCACAUGAAAAGCAUGUCAGACAGACCCCGUGGAUUUGCAAAGCCUUGGCUCUUUGGUCUCCAAUGUCUCAUUAAACCCAGAAGAGGUUAUUUUUACCCUCACUAGAUUUAUCUUUCCUGGACAUGCAAUGGUAAUCCUCAUUGAACUGCAAAGCCUACCAUGAAGGAGAAUCACUUUGUGUUGAGACAGCUAUUCUUGUACGAGAAUUUUAAUGUGAUAUGACAGGCAACUUUUUUUCUUUUUGGAGAGAAAGAGUAUUUGUAUGAACUUUGCUAACUGCUCACACUGCAUUUACUGGCCCUUUUCUCCCUUGCACACAUGUGCAUUGCUGGUCAAAAGCAAUGGCAAUUUAAGCAACUUGCUUAAAUUGUAAACUGUCUCCUGAAUUACUGAAGUGAUUCUGGUCAGAGAUACAAAUUCAGUACUGCACAUACCCAGACUGUAGGUGAUGAGAGCACCUACAAUGAAAAAUGCUCUAAUUCUCUAGGAAAAAAAAAACCCCAACCCAAAUCAAACCAAAAUGCUGGCUAGGGUGGGGAAAGAAUUGGGCAGGAAAUAAAUAGAUAACUUUAAAGGCCACUGGUUAUUUGGUGUUCUGGUGAUAUAUUAAACACAUUUAACUGCUUAAAAUAAAGUCUACCUCCGCUUUGCAA